UCAAAUUAGUAAUGAUCUUAUAACAUUGUUAUCGGGGAGUUGGGAUGUUAAAAGAGUGUUGUAUUGUAUGGGAGAUCUCAGGUGUGAAGAAAGCUCGUCUGGUAUCUUAAGGUUGCAUUCAAACAAGAUUUUGGUGAUUAUUGACUUGGUCCUGAUUGAAGGCGGUGGGCAAUGUUGUGCCAUUCCCCGAUCAUUUACUGUAGCAGAUGUUUCAUUCAUGGAGCAGUUACAUUUGAGCUUGUCUUUUCUCUGCCGAGGAAGUGAAAUGGGUACCAUGAAUGGAAAUUUAAGAUUUGUUUAGCCUUAACGUAGUAUACGGUUUGAACCAAAUAAUCAUCUUAUGACAGCCGGAACAAAGAAGGUAGAAAAAUUCUUGUGUGAACCUACAUUUACUACGGGGCCGGGGUUGUAAUCUGGCAGUGUAAACUACGCCCUUGCAAACUUGCAUUGAUGAUUCUAGCUUGUUGUAAACUUAGAAUUUUCACUGCAAGGUUUAUCUAGCUUCUUACCUUUUUGUCUAGAGCUCAACUCGAAACACUUGUUAUACCUGUAAAAUUAAAUUGAAUUUCGCUUAGCAUGCAUGUAAACAUUAUUAGUUAGGCAAUGUGCUUAACUUCACACUGCUAAAAGAAGUGAAUGACAAAAUUAUCAAAAGAUAUAAAAAGAUGUUUAAUCUGUUUACAGAUGGCGUAGUUUUGUCAGAGAAUUGUCCUUCACUUACAUUAGGAUGGAAUUACGUGUACACUACAGUUUCGUCACUGCAUUUGAUGGACCAUUAAUCAUUAUCUUUUCUCACCGUAGUUCAUUAAUCAUGAAAUCAGCAACUACUUUUCAGUCCUAUAAAUUCCUUUAAAGUCAAUAUUUUGUGACAAUCCUUCGUAACAAAAUUUUUCUGAAAAGAUUUGGGUUUCAGUCAUAAGUUUGUUAGAAGUAUUACGAUUUUGUCCGUUACAAUUGUUGUCCCAAAGGAGCCUUUGGUUGCAACACAUGUCCUUUUCACAAACUUUAUUUAAUAAAUUUAUUAAUAUAGGACUCUUUGUAUAGAAGUUGUCCAUUCAAGCGAAUAAGGUCGACGCAUGGUUUGAAGGAAAGCAUGGAGAGUGCUGAACUUCGAUCCCACGGUUGGGUGCUGAAAAAGGCUACGAACUCAAGUUCACAUUAAACAAAAAAAAGUUAUUUCCCCGUUUGUAACAUAUUACUAGGUUGUCAACAUGUUACAAUAGGUAAUAGUUCGAAAUUGGAUAUUGCAAAGAAUCUUUAUACCCUGCUUUCAACGGAAAACCUCGUUAAUGUGAUUUCGUCUCCUCUGAUUUUUUCAAAUUAUCAUGUAGUUGAGAUAUUUGACAUUGAUAGGUAAGAUCUUCAUAGUUACUCCGUAAGCAAAACAGACUGUGAUCUAAACAGUUAUGGAGUCAAGAUUUUCACUAUGGGAAGUUAAAAUAUAAAAAGAUAACCACACAAAAAAAUUAUGGGGAUUUAACAUAUAGUAGAUAUAUAAAUAAUCUCUUUACCUGUCCCAUACAAUGCAAUUUUUCAACAAAACAUUGGACAAAGUUAGCUCCUCAGCUAGAUCAAUUACCCCUAAACUUAAAUUCCCAAUAUUGUCAUCUUACCAUGUGGCUUCUUUUAAGGUAAAGGAUUCAGCCAUACAAUCUCUAAUUUCUACUAUGAACUCCUAGAUUUAUUUAACGCGUACUAGUUUUUCAAGGAGCUAAACAAGUUAAAAUAACAAGACGGGGGAAAAAACAUAUAAAAGGAAGAGAUAGAGAAAAGCAGAACCAUUUAAAAUUAGGAGGAAAGUAAUCCAACAAGCUAGCCUAAUAUGACGGAUAUAUGUUCAAUUAUCCACAUUUCUAUCUAGCAGAUCCAACUAACCUUCGUGUCUAACAAUCUGACGUGUCUAACAAUCUGAACAAAACUAACACUAAUUGUUUCACCAAAAUUCUUCCCAUGCUUUCCAUUUUCAGCGAACUUACCUCAUUUGCUUCUUUAAUCAAUAGUUUGUGUAACAAAAAUGGUAAAACGAAAAGUUUCAGCUUCGGCUGGAUUAGUCCAAGGUCGUUAUCGUCAAGAAGUAUUUAUAUGUCAAUUUUCUGAUAUGAUAAGUUCCAAGGGAUGUAUAUGGUCUGGCGGUGACCCCUUUUCUUUUAGUUUGCCACUAGUAUUAGCCCAAUUGAUUUUCAUUUUCUUUGUUACAAGAAUUACUUUUGCCCUCAUAAGACCUCUUAAACAAAGUAUGGUCAGUGCACAACUUAUUGCUGGUAUUUUCUUGGGGCGAUCAGGCUUAGGUCGUAACCGCGAUUUUUCAACCAUGAUAUUUCGACCAGGAGGCAGGAUGGUACUACAAACAAUUGCAGAUCUCGGUUUCAUGUUUCAUGUUUUUGUUCUUGGAGUUCAUGUAGAUCCAACGAUGGUGAGAAGAGCGGGAAGAAACGCAAUGCUAAUUGGCGCUUCCUGUUUUGCUCUGCCUUUUGCACUCGGCGGAUUAGCCAGUUAUACAUUACCUCAAUUGGCUAUCAUUGAUGACGCGACAGCGCAUUUCCUGCCUUUCAUAGCCGUACUUAACUCUGCUUCAUUCUUUCCGGUAAUCACUAGCCUUCUUGGUGACCUUAAGAUUCUAAAUUCUGAAAUUGGUAGAAUAGCCACAUUGGCCUCCUUGGUUAAUGAUGCUUGUAUAUAUGUCGUUUCCAUACUUGUAACGACAGUAAAUGCGUCAACAAGUUAUAACAAGUGGAACGGAGCGUUGUCCAUCGCAUGGAUAGGCACGUUCCUGAUAGUAAUCAUAUUUGUUGUAAGGCCGUUUGUGAAACAUGUUGCUAGGACUAUACCUGAAAGAGGGGCUAUGAGGGAAAGCCAAUUUCUAAUAAUAGCUGUGUUAGCUUUGAUCUGUGGAUUUGUCACGGAGUCUCUCGGACAACCUGCUGCUCUUGGUACUUUUGUUUUGGGCAUGGUGGUGCCACAGGGACCGCCUUUGGGCUCGUCUUUGGUUUACAGGAUCGAUACUUUAUGUACGGGAUUGUUGCUUCCUGCUAAGUUUGCUAUCAGUGGUUUGACAUUGGACAUAUUUGCCCUAGGAAACGGAAAGAGUCUUUUAGGCGUCGAACUAGUGAUCUUAUUAGGUUAUUUUGGUAAGUUUGCUGGCACUCUUGUUCCAGCAGUUCAUUUCGGGGUUUCCUUCCGAGAUGCAGUCCCUCUUGCUCUCAUCAUGUGUAGCAAAGGAAUUAUUGAGGCGUCCCUGUAUAUCGGCUUCAAGGAUACCGGAGUAAUAACAAAUGAAGCAUAUGCGCUUUUGUUAAUCACAAUGCUGGUCAUAACAGGAAUUAUGAGACCUUUAAUUUGGUACCUCUAUGAUCCGUCAAGAAGGUACUUAGGCUACAGAACAAAUAGCAUACAACAUUUGGAUCCGACCAGUGAGCUUCGGAUACAAGUAUGUAUUCACAACGAAGAUAAUGUCCCGAGCAUAGUCAAUCUUCUCGAAGCCUCCAAUGCCUCCAGAAGGAGACCGAUUGCAGUGUUUGUUCUUAAUCUAAUGGAGCUCAAAGGCAGCGCGGCCGCUUUACUGGUGCCAACUCAUAAUAGAAAGGGGAAAGCGAAACUCAAGUCUCUGCCAAGCAGAACAGAACAUAUAUCCAACGCAUUCAACAUUCUCGUGCAUAGAAAUCAAGGCUCUAUGGCCGUACAACACUUCACAUCAAUCGUUCCGUAUGCCACUAUGCACGAUGACAUAUGUACAGUCGCGGUGGAUAAAGGUGUCAAUAUUGUGAUCAUCCCGUUCCACAAGCAGUGGGCUAUUGAUGGAACAGUAGGAGCCAAUUUCCCUGCAAUUAGGAUGGUGAACCAACAGGUAAUCCAUAAAGCGCCUUGCUCAGUUGGGAUCCUAGUUGAUCGAGGUCAAUUAGCAGAUAACCAACAAAUCUUGUUUGGUCAUUCUUUUUUCCGCGUCACAAUGCUUUACCUUGGCGGUCCUGAUGAUGAUGAGGCGCUGGCCUAUUGCUGCAGGAUGCUAGGGCAUCCCCACAUUAGCGUGAAUCUCGUCUGGCUCAGACAUUCGAGUGACAAAUUGGACAAGAGUAUGGAUUCGGAUAUGAUACAUUGGUUCAAGAGUAAUAAUAUGGAUGCAGGGAGGGUUAGUUACAAAGAAGAAAUGGUGAGUGAUGCAGUGGGGACGACUCAGGUUCUUCGUUCACUCGAGGACAAUUGUGAUCUUUGUAUAGUUGGUAGAGAUCACGAACACUACUCCGAGUUAACACUAGGGAUUAACGAAUGGAUCGAGUGUCCUGAACUAGGAUUUAUUGGAGACAUGUUAGCGACUUCGGAUUAUAGUUUUUCAUUGCUGGUUGUGCAACAAAUACCACCCGGGACUGAGUUUAUAAACAUCCAGGCCCUGAAGCCUGUUUCUAGCAGUUUUUAUUCGGCUUCAGGAAAAUAUAGUCAGCAUUCUGGGGUUGGCUCAUUUGGCUAGCAGUUGUAUUAGUUGUCUUCUUUGAUCAAUGCCAAAAAUGUAGAAAAUAGGUUGAUGGAUAGACAAAUAGAAAAGAAUGCUCCUUCUCUGCAAUAUAAAAAAGGAACAGCUCGGUGCAUGAAACAUACUGCAUUCACGCAGGUCCAGGGAAAUGUCGCACUCCAAGCAGAGGCGGAUCUAGGAUUUGAUGGUGGCGGGUGCCACAAUUUUCUUCAAUAUACAUCUUAUUAGGAACGUGUAUUUGCGUCGGGUCGAUCUC